CUGGCGCCACUAGCUAGCUCCGCCCCUCUCUCCCUCUCCCUCCCCCGCUUCCCUCUAUAUUAAUUACUUCGCAACAACCCCUUGCUCCGUUACUGGUGAUCGAGUGACUGGAGCCCUCCAAAGCCCAGCACUAUUUCUUCUCCCCCUCCUCGCACCUCUCCCCCUCUCAUCACGCCACUCCCUCCCCUCCUCCCGCCUCUCACUCUCGCCACAGCUACUACCAAGGCUCUAGCUGCUAGCUCGUACUAAAACGAGCACACUGUCACUGCUCGCUCGCCGGCCUCAAGGAACUGCCCAGUGCCAAUUUAAGUACCACGCCGUACGGCUAGCUCUAGUGCCCGCGUGCGAUGGCGUCGGAGUGGGAAAUGGCCAUGGGGGUGGAGCUCGGCAUGGGCAUGGGCACGUACCACGGCCACCACCACAACGCCUCCAGCAUCACCACCGCGCCGAUGAGCAGCCACCACAGCGGCGCCGCCAGCUUCUCCACGCCGCACCACCACCAUUACUACGGGAUGCCGCCCGUGGGCGACGCCAUGCGGGUCGACGAGCUCCUCGACCUCUCCACCGGCGCCGGCGCCCACGACUUCUUCCCCACCGCCGCGGCGGCCGCGGCCACGGACAACGGGCAUCACUCGGGGGCCAUGGGUGAGCCGUCGCCCACCGCCAACUCGUCGGAUCACCAGACGUCGCUCCUCUCCUUCGCCGACGAGUUCUACAUACCCAGCGAGGAAGCUGCGGAGCUGGAGUGGCUAUCCAAGUUCGUGGACGACUCCUACUCCGACAUGCCGAAUUACUCGUCGGCAGCGCAUGCCGCAAUGGCAGCGGCUGCUGCCGCUAACGCGGCCGGCAACGGUGGUGGCAACUCGGUCGGUCAGGACAGCUGCGUCACGGCGGCGCCCGGCCGCGGCGCGCGUAGCAAGCGGUCCCGCGCGACCGCCGCGGCUGCCGCGGCGUGGCACUCCCUCGUGCCGCGCCCACCGUCGCAGUCGUCGCCAUCAUCGUCCUGCUCGUCCUCGGACUUCCCGUCGUCGAACAAGCCUGGGCGUCCGAACGGCGCCAACGGCAGCCGCGGCAAGAAGAGCCCGGGCCCCGGCGGGGCCGCGCCGGAGGUGGGCAUGGAGGGCGGCGUCCGGCGGUGCACGCACUGCGCGUCGGAGAAGACGCCGCAGUGGCGGACCGGGCCCCUGGGCCCCAAGACCCUGUGCAACGCGUGCGGCGUGCGGUUCAAGUCCGGGCGUCUCAUGCCGGAGUACCGGCCGGCGGCCAGCCCCACGUUCGUGCUGACGCAGCACUCGAACUCGCACCGCAAGGUCAUGGAGCUGCGCCGCCAGAAGGAGCUGAUCCUCAUCCGCGGCAGCCACCGCGACGCGGCCGCGGCCGCCGCUGCCGCCUCGGCGGCGGCCGGGUCCGCCGGGCCGAGGCCGGAGCUCAUGUUCCGCGACUACGGCGUGUGUUGAUAGCCAGCCGGCCGGAGAGGCCCGGCCCGGGGAGCUGGCCGUGCGUUGCAUGCAUGGAGCCCUCUAGAUCCUUUUGCGAACGAAAUUCUGCCGCCGUUUCUUCUUUUCUUUCUUCGAUCGAUCGCCAUGCGUAUUCCAGAUAUUUUUCCUUUCUCCUUUUGUUAAUUACUAUUAAAUUGUUGGUACCUACUACCUCCCCGCUUCCAAGUUCUAUGAGAGAUCAAUGAAUUCUGUUGGUAUAAUUGUGGUC